AAAUUUAAUACAUAUAUUUAUAAUAAUUAAAUUUUUGUAUUUAGAUUGUUAUUAAACAUUGGUUCCAUACAUCCGGUGAUUGUCUCGUGUAAUUCGGUCACUUCCGUCUCCUGGAAACCGCCUCUGACGCCUCUUUGGUUCCCACCCAAACAAACAAAGCUCAGAUGGAGAUUUUCCCCCCUCAGAAACGUUUAACAGCUCUGUCUCCAGCCAGCUGAUUCCCGUCAAUUAGUUGGGCUUGUUUUCAGAAAAAUCGAGCUCCUGUCAGCUAGAAACAAUGCCAGGCUUUUAUUAUCUUUCUGUAACGUUAUCCAACUGACGACUCGCGUGUAAUUUCAGUUAUUGCGCAACAGUGGCAGUAACGUUAUCCUAGCUAGCUGCCACUUUCAGUAUCCAAACAACAGCCGGUGCUUAGCAAUUCACGGCAGAGAUGACAAGCGAUUUAGCUGUUACCGCCUUUAUUUUAAAACAGGUUUGGUAGGCACGGAUGACAGCCCCGGUUUGGCUCCUGCUUGGAGAAGAUCAGAUGUUGAGAAAGAUUUGUUGAGUCAAGCUAGCUACCAGCACACUGAGCAGCCUUGUACAUUAACUCCCCCCCUCCCCUCCUACUGUUUGCUCUGCUGCGGUCUCGUCCUGGGCUUUUCCAAACUCAUUUACUAUGAGUGCAAUGCGUGUGGAUGCCAAAGUGGUGAUGCUGGGAAAGGAGAGUGUGGGGAAGACCAGCCUGGUGGAGAGAUAUGUUCAUCAUCGCUUCUUGGUCGGCCCGUACCAGAACACUAUCGGUGCUGCUUUUGUUGCCAAACCAAUCCAGGUGGGAGAAAAAGUGAUUACCCUGGGAAUAUGGGACACAGCUGGAUCAGAGCGCUACGAAGCUAUGAGCAGAAUCUACUACAGAGGAGCCCGGGCAGCCUUAGUCUGCUAUGAUCUGACUGACAGCAGCAGCUUCCAGCGAGCUCGGUUCUGGGUGAAGGAGCUGCAGAGCUGUGAGGAACACUGUAAGAUCUACCUGUGUGGCACUAAGAACGACCUGGUUGAAGGAGAUCGGAGCCUGCGUCAAAUCGACUACCACGAUGCUCAGGACUUUGCUGAAGAGAUUGGUGCGCAGAAUUUCGAGACCUCCAGUAAAACAGGAAGUAAUGUUGAUGAGUUGUUCCAGAAAGUUGCUGAGGAUUACAACAGCACUGCCUUCCAGUAUAUGACAGCAGAAGAAACAGGCGUGGACUUGGGCCAGAAGAAAGACUCAUAUUUCUACUCCUGUUGCCAUAACAACUGAUGCUGAGCAACAGGAAGGGAAACAGAAGUGGUCACCUUCCCUCGGCUGGAGUAAAACCUGGAUAAUGCUGGAUGGGUGUCAUGUCGGCUCUUGGAACUGGAAUCUAAAUCACAGAAAAAGAAAUCGAGCAGUACUGUUUAUACAUUGUUAGAUAUGUUUAUUUCUUUUGUGCCAUAAAGAACUGAGGGCUGCACGGAAGAGGAUCUACUUCUGCUGCAACUGCUACUGGCUGGAGAGGGAUUUAAAAACCAACACUCACACUUUUCACCCAGUUAUGGUCCCGUGUUUUAUCAGCUGGUCCCUUUUCUUCUGUAGCUUCCUCUGAGCUGGACCGUGGAAGUAAACAUAUCCCUAAAGCUGCGGUGUCACACAAUCAGGAGCUGUGCUGUGGUUAGAAGAUGACCUACGGUUAAAAAGAGGGAUCCCACUGAACACGGACUUGAAACUUGACUGAGGCCGUUUACUGUUGUAGUGAGUGCAGUGCUUCAGGAGGGUGAAUGGUUUGUUUACAGCAGUUAUUUUUUGUUUACCUCCAACUCUAUUUAACCUUGUUGUGGAAACCUGUCUGUUAGUCCUGCACAUCUUCCAUGAAGCCUACACGAAUGGAGUAAAGCCAACUAGGCUACAAUCUGUCAAACAAAACACUCAUACUUAACUGAAAUUUGUCUUAUACCUUUGCAAAUCUGGUAUAAUGCAUGAAUUAAAUGAUACCAAUGAGCUUUAUUAAGGCCUUAUACCCGCAGUAGAAAUGGCAGGACCGUGUGUGUGUGUGUGUGUGUGUGUGUGUGUGUGUGUGUGUGUGUGUGUGUGUGUGUGUGUGUGUGUGUGUGUGUGUGUGUGUGUGUGUGUGUGUGUGUGUGU